UGACUUUGCUGUUUGAAUAGAAUAUCGCUACAGGUAUGUGUAGCGAUAUUUCAAACGCACAGCUGGCUGUUUUUUUCCUCGCAUCAGCGGCCACGCGCCCUUUCUGUCGUUGCACAUUAAUUAUUCCCACAGUCUCGGGAUAGGCUAUUAAUGCAUUUUUCUCGCGGUGCCCGCUGUCUUAAUGCGUUUUCCAAGUUUCUAACAAAUAAUUCACUCUGUCUCGGGCGCGUGAUGCACUGCAAAUUGAAAGAUGGCGCGAAAGAGCUCUUGAGUCGGCGCGGCGCGUUCAGGUGCACACACCUCCAGCUAAAACUAUGCACUCAGCUCUGUCUGCUUCAGAGCGAAUCAUUUUAGGUGCACGGAAGGGAUAACGCUAGGCGCAUAACCUCAAUGCGACAGUACGUUCAGCUCUGUAUUUCCAAGGAAGAUACGCGAAGGACUGCCAUGAGCUGCCGUGUCCACUGACCCGCUGGCGAUGGGAUCUGACCGGCAUACUGAUACGCUCCGCCAGCAACGUCAGCACCGGGGAGCGCGACAGACGCAAGAACAGCUCGCCGCGCCACUUUGGUUUUCGUUAGAGUUGCUCAUUUCUUUGCGUUUGUAGUAUUUUGAUGUUGGUCUCGUCGUCGCGCAUGCGUUGCUGUGUAGUUGAAAUUGCUGGAGCGCUUCUUCAGACUUUAGGCUAUUGCUUCUCGGUCGAUGAUGAGAGGGAUGCUGGUCGCUCGGGAUCACUGGCGCGCGGGGAUCUUGUGUCUCCUAGUGCUCGUGGCUUUGACGGUCGGUCGCAGCCCGCCAGCGCACAGUGUAAAUGAACCAAGCAACAUGUCAUACGUCAAAGUCACUGUGGAUAAACUACUAAAAGGCUACGACAUCCGUCUCAGGCCUGACUUUGGAGGUCCUCCAGUUGAUGUCGUUAUGAGUAUCGACAUCUCCAGUAUCGACAUGGUGUCAGAAGUGAACAUGGACUAUACCAUCACCAUGUAUUUCCAACAGUCUUGGCGCGAUAAGCGCCUGUCCUACACAGGGAUUCCUCUCAAUCUUACUUUGGAUAACCGAGUGGCUGAUCAACUCUGGGUGCCUGAUACUUACUUUAUAAAUGACAAGAAAUCUUUUGUCCAUGGGGUCACAGUGAAGAACCGCAUGAUUCGUCUGCAUCCUGAUGGGACUGUGCUCUAUGGCCUCAGGAUAACUACCACAGCUGCAUGCAUGAUGGAUUUGCGGAGAUACCCGCUGGAUGAGCAGAACUGCACGCUGGAGAUCGAAAGUUAUGGCUACACCACAGAUGACAUUGAGUUCUACUGGCAGGGAGGAAGUUCAGUGACGGGGGUGGACAACAUUGAGCUGCCGCAAUUCUCUAUUAUUGAUUAUAAAACACUGUCUAAGAAAGCAGUGUUUGCCACAGGGUCAUAUCCUCGUCUGUCUCUCAGUUUUAAACUGAAGAGAAACAUUGGAUAUUUCAUCCUGCAGACCUACAUGCCUUCAACAUUGAUCACCAUCCUGUCCUGGGUCUCUUUCUGGAUCAACUAUGAUGCUUCUGCUGCAAGAGUUGCGCUAGGAAUCACCACCGUUCUGACUAUGACCACAAUCAACACUCAUCUUAGGGAGACUUUACCCAAGAUCCCUUAUGUGAAGGCCAUAGACAUCUAUCUUAUGGGCUGCUUUGUCUUUGUGUUCCUGGCCUUGCUUGAGUAUGCCUUUGUCAACUACAUAUUCUUCGGCCGUGGUCCACACUUGCAGAAGAAAGUGGCAGAAAAAGCCACAAAAAGCAACAAUGAAAAGUGUCGGAUGGAGAGUAACAAAGUUCAGUUUGAUGUCCAUGGAAACAUCCCCCUGACAAACCUUGACCUGCGCCUUAGUGGAGCAGAGAUGUUAGGUGCUCUUGGGGACCCAAGGAACACCAUGUUCUCUUAUGAUAGUGCCAGCAUCCAAUACCGUAAGCCCCUUACAGGUCGGGACCUCUACGGCCGGCCCACUGCCUCUGUCGAGAGGCCAGUGGCACGAAAAAAGAGUCGUCUUAGGAGGCGAGCCGCUCAGCUAAGGGUGAAGAUUCCAGACCUGACAGAUGUAAACGCCAUCGACAAGUGGUCACGUGUCAUCUUUCCCAUCACCUACACCUUCUUUAACUUAGUAUACUGGCUGUAUUAUGUCCACUAGGGAGCAGCACUGACUCAACCCAGCCAUUCACACAUCAGGUCAGGCUCUCUUACCCUCCUUGUGGUUUUGACUGUCAGUCAGACCGGAGGAAAAGGUAACCCUUCUCUGUAAAUUAUUAAACUAUAAUGAACAUAUCAUAUAAAUCUAUAUUAUCAUUUUUAAAUAAGAAAAAAAAAUGACUACCCAACUUUUAAAGCUGUUUAAUGUAAAUUAUGUUGCAAAUAUUAGUUUAAAAUUGUCACUGGAUUUUUGCACUUUGCUUCUGUAGGAUCAGUUUCACUGACUGCUGAAACUACAACUUCACAAUGGGGAGAAAAAAGGCCUUUUUUUAGAGACGACUGCGAUGCAGCUGUAUGUCAGACAGGUUUAAAUCUUUACAACAGCAUUUGGAAAUUGUUUUAAGGUCUUAAAGGGAUGUUCUUGGCCUAUUACAAGCUCUAUCGACAACAUUUGUGGCAUAAAUUUCAUUACCACAGAACAUAAUUUUAUCCCUCAGGUUUUUAUAAUAAAUAAUUACAAGUUACUUUUAUCUGGUACUUUCAUACCAUGUAGAUUUAAUUAAAGCUUUAUCCCUUUCUUAUGCAACAAUGUAAGCAUUUAGGUUUUUUAGAAAACCAAUAGUUAUUCGGUAUAGUAAAACGGUUUCUCUUUGAGGUCAAUGUGACCCCAGCACAAGAUUAGGAAGAUUAGUAAAUCUUGAAGCGUCAGCCUAAUUCUGUUCGGUAUUUGUGGUAUUAGUAUGUAAUUGUGGUUCCUGUGAGACACUUACAGUGGAAGUACAUGAGCCACACAAUUGAAAUAAUAAUACCACACAACAUAAGUUAUUUAUAUUGGCAUGACAUGCUAGUAAACCUGAUAAAUUUUCAGAUGAUAUGCUCAUGGAAACCUGAAAUUGAUCUAACAGUUGUACACUGCUUACAUAGAGCAAACUCCACUUGCAAGACUAAAUGUACAGUAUCAUAUACUUUUACAGUUCCUGAAGAUAAGUUAAAAACAGUCAUUUCUUUAAAAAUUAUUUUUUAGACAUUUGAUGGAGCUUAUCUUGAAUGAAAACCUGGAACAUUCCUUUAAAAUCAAGACCUUCUGUGUAAGUUUGUACAUAAAAGCAUUUCCCCAGUUUAGACACAUCACAUACUGUAGAUUAAACCUGUUUGUCUUAGUAAGACUUUAGCAACUCUGCUACCAAGAAAUGGGCAAAAAAGCUCAUCAUUUGGGUUACAGUAUUUAUAGGGCUCGGUUUAGAGUACAUCUAAAAAAAAAAUAAAAAUAUCUGCAGCUCUUGUGUGUCUAUAUAUGGCCUAACACACUUGUUCUCUAUUAUCAAAUGUAGUCAAUCUGCCAGGAACGGAUGUCCUUACAUCAGCAUAACACAUGAUGACAAGCAGGAUGGGAGUUUAAAGUCCACACAGUAUGGAAAUUUGUACAUUAAAAUAUAUCAGGUAUUGAAAGAUGAAUGAUGUCAUCAUGUUUUUUCUCUACUUUUUUCUUUUAAACCAACAAAUGCUGCAUAUUUCAUUUAUAGCAGAAGUUGAGUUUUAUACUGUAAAGCCCAAUAUCUAAAAUCCAGAUUCAUUAGCAAGAGGUUAAAAGACAAAAGUGGUUUCAGGAAAGUGAUAUAUUAGUUCCCAUUGUUCAGUAUUUGACUCAGAGUUCCCAACACUAUUGUGAUCGAAAUGUAGCUAUGAUUUUAGAUAUGGGCAAUGUUUUAGGGAUGCAGGAUGCAUCUAUUUAUAUAGGAAGUGACUUCACAGUAUUUACCGUACAUAUUUGAAUUUAGCUUUAAACUGUGCUAUUCACUGUGAGUUAUAUAUUAGCCAAGCUCACCAAAACGGCAGAUAGGACUUAAUAACAAAUUAGAUUUUUCUUCUUUAUGGCUGAACUUGUGCCUUUUAAGAAAAAAAAAAAAUCAUGUAUUUUACGGGGUGUAGCAUACAACAGCAGAGUAGAAAUAUUCUGAAUGGAUUUCCACUUUUCUAUAGAACUAAUAUUACUCAAGGGUAGCACACCUAAUCAAAAUCAAAGGUACUUUCAAGGCCUUUUCCAAUGCCCUGCAUUAAUAUUCAGUAUAUUAUAACAGACAAAAUGCGUUUGGCAUGUAAAUAAAUUGCUUGCAUUGCAACACUCUUUUUGUUUCAGUGACAAGUUGACUGGGACAUGAGCUGGUUUGUUUCUUGUCCAGGAGUGAAUUAACUUUAUGAAAUUCUCCAUUAAAGCUAAUCAAGAGAGAGACUGGCUACAUAAAAACAAAGCAUAUUCACACAUGCUCAAGCCAGAAUCAGCAUGAAUACACAAACAUGUACACAUAAAAGUGAAGUUAUAUCGAACUUUUUAUAGGCCAUCUAUCACUCAUGCAUUGUGUUUUGGCUUGGGAUGCCUACAACAGCAAAUGCCAAAAAAAAAAAAAAAAAAAAAAAAAAAAAUGGAAAAAGUAUUUUUAAAACAGUAUCCUAUUAUAGGUGUAUGAUUUCUGCAGUUGCACUCAUGCUAUUGGCCAGUGCGGAGUGGGUUGAAGAAUAAUUUACUGUCACUGAAUGAGACAAGGUGCUUGUAUUUGAGUUUAUGUAUUUAAGGCUGGGACUGCAACCACAGUUGUUCUUAAGGAUACUUUAUUUUAAAUCAUAGACAUUUUGAAUGAAUUCAAAUAAAAUAUCUCACCAAGCAUAAUG